UAUAGUCUAGUGGUUAUGACGUAACAUUGUGGCUGUUGAGGCGCCUGUUCGAUUCAGGCUAGGGACAUGCCUUUUUGAUGGGUUUUUUUUUCGGCAGACUCUUUUUCCGACGCGAGAGGAGCCAAACUGCUUUUUACGCUAUGACGGCGCCGAGGCGCUCGAUUUUGUUUUCUUUUCCAUUCGCUUCAUGCGUCUUUCAUUCUGCCUCGGGGACUUGAAGGAUAUCAUUUGCCUAGGCCAGAUUUACACUCUGCUCAUGUAGUAGGCAUGGGUAAGAGCAAUGGUUGGAGAUCCGACAAUAGUCUUGUUGGGUUUCAUUCGGACAUGAUCCGAUCGAGCGAUAUCUUUAUCUUUCGUUAUUCUUUUCUUCUGCUUUACGUUUACUCAAAAGCAGCAGCUCGGCCCACGAUCACACCAAGCGCAGACAACCCUUCUUAACAGUUUGGAUCUGACUGCGAUCCCGAACUCGACUGUUCCGAGGUCUUCCUGAGCGUUUUUAUCCAGCAGCAUUGGCUAGAGAGACAUAACUAUAAGGACAGGCGCGACGAUCGAAGCGGUGCCUGAACCUAUCAAGCUCAGCUAUCGAGUGAAGCAGUGGAUCACUGCAAUACCUCGGAUCUGGGGAUUAUUACUCACUUCUCACCAGUACGAAAUCAAUAUCAAACAAGAGGAGGACCAGAAUCUUACUUUACUGCUGAGCUUGAUAAGCUCACCAGACUGGAUUCAGCUAUGGACUAAUGAGCUAAUGCGCUCGGGAUAGAGAUGCCUCAGAACUAAGUUUACUCCACGAGCCAAGGUAGCCCACGAGAUUGAGUCGACGCGCCGCUUUCAUUGCUCACUACUGGAUCUUGUCUACCAUCUCAAGUGCAGCUGAACCCUAACGCAGCUCCCCGAUUUCCUGACACUAGCCAUGCUCAUUAUGACCUCUGUAGGGUUCACGCAUAAUGGAGGGAAGGAACGCGACUUGGUCAUGUUCCUCCUACGCGCGCCGAUCUUUUGGGGAGACUUCGUUUGACAGCACUCCGUGCAAUCGAUUAAUACCUCCCAAAUUCCUGUCCAAUUUCUCUUUGUUUUUUCAUCUUUCCAUAUCCCCAUCUUAUACUAACACAGCCGAAUGUCAAACUCGCAGAUUAUCAAGACAUCUGAGCGCCAAACCAGGAUUAACUGGUCGAAAGACCCGCAGCUUACCGUCAAGCUAUUGAAACUAAUUUCUCAUAAUCCUGCAUGGAAAAAAGCUUGCUUCGGCAAUAGAGACGCUGGCAUGACGCAUAUUUGGACUGUUUACAGAGACGUAGCGCUCCAAUUCUUCGCGGGCAGCGAGUGGAUGAAGGGUGCCAUUUCCAAGGGUCUCGUUGUUCAAGACGACCAAGGUAGAUUCAUUGCCACUAAUAAAUGGACGUCCCAGACCAACAAUCCCGUCCAAACUAGAAUCACUUCUUUGAAGAACUCUUUCAGAGAGAAUGAGUUUGAGACCAAGCAUCGGAUCCGCCGCUCGUGGAAGGAGUGGGAUGAUAUUCUUGAGAACGAUAGGCGUCAUCGUUUAAAGGCCAAGUUCCCGUAUUAUUUCCUUCUUUUGGAACUGAUGGUACCUCCGCCUUCCGAGGAUGAGGUUGAUGAGCUUGAAGACGACGAUGAUUACAGCAUCAUCCCGCCUCUAAAGAUAAAGGAAGAAGUCCAGGAGGAAAUUAACGAACUGGAAGAUGACGGUUGUCCCAUGUCCGGGGAAAAGUUCAAGGCGAAGAAACCUGAUUUAUCUACCGUCAACGGAGAUCGUUACACGCGGUACGAGGAGAAAGAAGAAGCCAUUGAAAAUUGCACCAACCUCUCUCAGGAUACCGAGCUUACCGGUACUGAGGAUGUCGAUGAGAUGACGCACGAAGAAAAUCAGCUCGAAAGUGAUCGUCGAAAAGAGCAAAUUGAUGAGGGGAUCGAUGAGCUGAAAGAUGACGAUGUCGAGUUUCAUAGUGAAACGGCGGAGAAAAAGACUGAUCCGGCAAUCCGUACCACAUCUCCUGAAACAGCUGAAGUGCCUUCUCACAAUCUUUCUCCUCAGUCAAGUCUAUCAUCCUCUUGCCCCCUCCCGGUAUUGUCAUCCGAAAAUAGUGUGUCCGUCCUUGACUCCUCACUGAUUGCGACCUCUCCUCCAACCGACAUCCAAACCUGCACUUUUCAAUCCAUAUCCUCUGCAUCUUCUUCCUCUGCCGCCAAGCAAACAAAUAUUAUCCAUGCUUCGCCAUCCGCGCCACUUCUAUCUUCGUCGGUUAGCAACGCAACAUCCUCCACGCCGAAAUGGCCAUUAUUUCGUCUCAAGCGCGUUGAUAGCUGGACACCUCCCAAACGCCCUCUUGCAUCAUCGCAUUCUACUACCGUCGCUAAGAAGACCAAACUCGAUCAGUCCAUUGAAGGACUGAAUUCAGGAAGAGAUCUUGUGGGUAUUCCAUCUGAGCCUUUAUCGGACGCCUCAUCCUCUGUGGAGAUUGCCAGAGUGCAGCCUGAAGUGGUAAACCCAAGUUCAGAUGCUUUAAGCACUCUUCAAAACAAUAUCCCUGCCCAUUCUCAGUCAUCACUUCAACCCCAUACUAAAACUGUCAUCGAUAUUCCUCCGAAGAAUGGCUUCCCUUCUCCUGCUGCUGGCUGUUCUACCUGGCAUUUUGUCCGGUUUACACGACAUGUCACUCCCAGUGUCCCCAUUGACCUGGUCAGUUCGAACCAGGAUUUAAAACAAGCUACAGAGGUCAAAACCCAUAGCGACACCUCCUCUUGCCUCGUUUCCCCUUCCUCGACGGAGGAGCGAAGCGCUCAACAAGCACGGGAUAAGAGCAAAGGAAAAGAACACAUCAAUGUUCGAGAAAGGAAGAAGCCUCGAAAUUUCCCCCAACAACAGCUUAGACCUAUACCCAGCGUCCCCAAAAGUAAGGAUCCCUUCCAUUUGAAUUGGGAUCCAAAGGAGCACGGGAUUUUAAGGCGGGAAGGACACUAUAAAGAUCUAGAUUUCCUAUUGCGCGAAAAGUCGCAGAACAAUAUCAGGGCAAUCAUAAAGUCCUCUGCGGCAGAUUACUUCCAUGCUCAGCCUGAAUAUGUUUAUGAAGAGUGCUCAAACGGUUGGAAAGCUUUGAGAUGUAGGAGUCAUCGACAGCGAUAUCGUAUACGAUGCAGAGUGGAGCUUUUAUCGUAUUACCUGAAAGAAAAUGACCAAAUCCACUACUACUCCAAAAAUACUAAGUUGAACGUAAUGGAGGGAUAUUUCAUGUACAUAACAUAUCGCUUCAAAGACGACCCUAUCCUAGCGCGGUUGGCUAAAACUGCUGCAUAUGCUGGAGCUAAAGUGUACAUGUGCAGAACGCCCUAUGACCACGAGAAGCUUUAUGCUGAAUAUGCUUCCAAGAAUAAGCAUUUACCUGUACAAAAGAUAGAAGUUAUUGGCUUGGUUGACGAGAAACAGCCAUACCUUCCUCAACCGGUUCGGGGUACAGAACGUUGGAACAUAUUACAGUUUGGACUUGCACUCCUUGGUGCAAUUGAGCAACAUUUUGGUUUAUUUAAGGAUACAGCAGACAUAUGUAUUCGACACCCCUCCAGAUGCGGAGAGAAGAUGGCUGUCUUCAUUGACCGCGAUACGGUAUCGACAUCCAUUUUUAACCAGCUGCAGCGUAUUUUCUGCAGCGAGUCCAUCGCAAGAAUGGAUUCGCUUCAGGAACUGCAGCAAUGCGACGGUCCGUACAACGAAUUUUUCUUCAUAACGAAUGACGCUCGAGCGUUCAACGGAAUUGGUGUGCCGGGUCUUGUGUCCCGUCAGGUCAAGGUGAAGCGACCAAUCCAGUUCGUUGAAAUUUACCGCAUCUAUCGGAACCGAGAACGGUCUCGACAGGAGGCCGCGAAACGGGAUGGAGGCUGGAGAGCACAUCAUGAGUUGCGAGGCGACAGGCAGAUUGAAUAGAUGGAGCUCCAGAUUGGUCGUCGGAAAUACUCAAAGAAAAUGAAGAUCUAUGUAUUCUAUCCGG